UGAAAAUUGUUCUCCAGAACUGUUCUUGAGAGCUGUUCUAUGAAAUGCAAUCCAAGCAUGGCCUUGACUUGGCUCUACACACAUCUUAGCUUUCCAUCUCCAUCCAUUAAAAACAUAAGUCAUUUUCUGGUCCUCCAUAGCUGCCAACGUAGAUAAGCUUCAAAACCACAAUAUUGACCACAACCUGAAGUCUCUUCCAAUUCAAAACAAAGUUGAGAUCAUCAAGAAACCCAAGCAGAUGGAUUUCAAUUGGGCAAAUCCACAAUGCAAAUUGAGCACUUACACAAAAUAUGCACCAAUGUUUCACUCUCCAUACCACACACCAAACAAAAAUGCCGUCAUGAGAGCAUUUUCAUAAAAAAAGAUGCUUAUUCUUUUUUUCUUCUUGUUUUUGAUAAAACAUAAACAAAACCACAAAUUGAUGCUCUCUCCGUUUGUCUCUCCUCUCUCUCUCAGUUCUAUGAAACGCUUCGAGCUUUGAAGACGAGGAUUCAAUUUGUAACCUCUCAGCUGCAACAGUCUCUCUGUAGGUGCUGGGGUUUUCAUUCAAAAGCAAGUAUAUCCUUGGAAACAUCACGGUUCAGACCAAGCUUGUGAGGUCACCUCUGCUGGACUGUCACUGCUUUCUAUAUGAAAUUUUAAUUGUGCAUUUAACAGGAGCUGUACUUUUUGGGAUCGUCACAUUCACUUUACCUAAGCUGGAGAAUGAUGUAAGCGCAUCAAAGUCGCUCAAAGAAUUGGUUUUGCCCAGCGCAUGACCUUUUGAGUUGAGUGACUUUACCAAGAUGGGGACCUCACACCGCAAGUUUAUAGGAGUUUUUAAAAGAUCAAAUGGCAGUGUCAGACUUAUUGUCACCACUUUUAUCGGAAUGGUCUUUGGAUAUUUUGUUGGUGUUUCAUUUCCGUAUGUUCAUUUAAAUAAGAUAAACUUAUCUUCAAGCCUUAUAUCAUCUCUUGAUGUAGCCUUCAAUGACAACCAUCAUAGUUCAAUGAGGGACAGUUCUACAACACCAAAGAUAUACGUUCCAAUGAAUCCUCACGGUGCAGAGACAUUACCUCCAGGAAUUGUAGUCUCCGAGUCUGAUUUUUAUUUGCGAAGAUUAUGGGGUGAACCAAGUGAGGUGACAAGCUCAUUCUCAGUCAGAAAAUAUAUUGCUCCAUUCAUUUUGAGCAUGCAGAAAAUGGAUUUCGAAAAGAAGCCAAAGUACUUGGUAACCUUCACAGUAGGUCUGGCUCAGAAGGGUAAUAUUGAUGCAGCAGUUAAAAAGUUUUCUGAGGAUUUCCAAAUUUUGCUUUUCCACUAUGAUGGUAAGGCAAGUGAAUGGGAUCAAUUUGAGUGGUCAAAGACUGCGGUCCACAUCAGUGCAAGCAAACAAACAAAAUGGUGGUAUGCAAAGAGGUUUUUGCAUCCCGAUAUCAUAGCUGCUUAUGAUUACAUUUUCAUUUGGGAUGAAGAUCUUGGAGUUGAACACUUCAAUGCUGAGAAAUAUAUUCAACUAGUGAAGAAACAUGGGUUGGAAAUUUCUCAACCAGGUCUAGAGCCAAACGAAUCAUUAACAUGGGAAAUGACAAAGAAGAGAGAUGACAGAGAAGUUCACAAAGAUACAGAAGAGCAGCCUGGCUGGUGCAAUGACCCGCAUUUGCCUCCAUGUGCUGCAUUUGUAGAGAUAAUGGCUCCUGUCUUUUCUCGGGAAGCUUGGCGUUGUGUGUGGCAUAUGAUUCAGAAUGAUUUGGUGCAUGGUUGGGGAAUUGAUUUUGCCCUCAGAAGAUGCGUAGAGCCUGCACAUGAAAAAAUUGGUGUGGUUGAUUCACAGUGGGUUGUUCAUCAAGUAAUUCCUUCUCUCGGGAAUCAGGGCACAUAUGAGAAUGGGAAAACUCCGUGGGAAGGGGUGAGGGAGAGGUGCAGAAGUGAGUGGGCUCAGUUUCAGAUACGCCUUGCGAAAGCUGACAAGUUAUACCUUUCAGGAGUUGGGAGAGGUUAACUUUGGCAUGCUUCCAACCCCCAGAUUCGCCUUGCAAAGCGGACAAGUUAAAACUUGCAGAAGUCAGGAUAGGUUAAAUUUGACACGCUUCCAACCUCCGGAUACACCUUGCAAAGUGGACACGACGCACAUUGCAUGAAUCGGGAAGGGUUAGCUUUGAAAUGCUCUCAACACCCUCUGCUUUGUACAUUGUCCCGUUUCUACUUCUUUCUUCUCUAUUUUGAGGGGGAUAUUUCAUUGCCCAAUACCUUUUAAGUGAUGUUUUAUUUGUUCUAUAGAGGUGUUAGCCAGAUUUUCUGUAGUUAUAGACAAUUACAAUCAGAUACAGAGAAGAACAAGUCACAUUUUGUGUAUAGAAGUAGUAAAUACUAAACACAAACGUUACAACAAACGACCACUUGUAUUUAGGUUCACUCAACUUUUGCUUACCCUAUGCUUCUUUAUUUUGUUAUUUAUUUAAUUUGUUUAUUUUGGGUUGGUGUCAUUCCAGCAA